AAUACUAUUCAUUAAUAGUUAAUUUUAGUAACAGACCACCGUUAACUGCGUUGAGGCCAGUCGAAAUCGAUAACCAUAUUCGGUAUGAACGACGUAAACUCAGGUGUACCGUUUUUGGGUUUCCGGCAUUUGCAGAGUUUCCUGUUAUUCCUAUGUAUCUUCACGGGUUAUCUUUUACGCGUAAACCUGACUGUGGCUAUAGUGGCUAUGAGUCCAUUAGUCAAUUCCACAGACUACACGAGGUCCAAAACGUAUCACAUACCCAUAUUCGAUUGGUCGUCCAAAACAAGAAGCACUUUGCUGGGAUCGUUUUUUAUGGGUUAUCUGUUGGGCAAUUUCCCAGCAUCUGUUCUCGGCUGUUAUUACAACAACAAGAUGUUAUUGGCAGGCAGUACAGCAGUGACUGCUGCGCUGGCCGCGGUCACGCCGAUCACAUUGCUGACGUUCGGCACACCGGCUAUGGCAGCGGUCCGUUUCGCGCAAGGCCUAUCGCAAUCGUUCUUGUUCCCGAUGUGCCACGGCAUCAUGGCCCGAUGGUCACCACCUAACGAACGCGGACGUCUAGUGGGUUUUGUCAUGAGCGGCAUACAGUGCGGCACCAUGGUCACGUUGGCUGGCUCAGGGCUGCUAGCCAGCAGUCCGGUCGGUUGGCCCAGCAUAUUUUAUGUUACCGGCGCUGUCGGCCUGGUGUGGACCGUGCUCUGGCUCGUAUUGGGCGCAGAAUCACCGCAGUCUGGACACCAAUUUCUUGGACAAGCCGAAGCGCAUUACAUAAACGACCAAUUGAAGGACGUUGUGUCCAAACGAAUACAAAACGAUAAGACACCGUGGCGUUGUAUAUUUACGUCGAAACCGGUCUGGGCCCUUGCUCUCGCCCAUUCUGGUUACAACUGGGGAUUUUGGCUACUGUUAACUCAAAUGCCCACGUACCUCAACACCGUGUUGGGUUUGGAUAUAAAAAAAGACGGAAUGCUAUCUGCCCUGCCUUACCUAACAACUUUUUUGCUUCAGUUUCCAGUUUGUUAUGUGGCCGACUUUCUAAACAGCCGAGAGUGCACCACUCUGACAACGUCCAGAAAAAUGUGGAACACCGUGUCCAUGUGGGGUGGCGCUGCGGGAUUGGUCACACUCGGCUAUUUGAACGAUACAACCGAAAUGGCCAUAGUUUUUUAUGUAUUCGUCGUGGCCAUAGGUUGCACCGGCAGUGUUGGUUUCAAAGUCAAUCACAUGGAUCUGGCGUCCAACUACGCCGGGCUGUUGAUGGGCAUCUCCAACGCAAUGGCGUCCAUAGGCGGCUUAACAGCACCAACCUUGGUCGGAUUCGUUGUACACGAUUUGACAUCAGUAGUCGAGUGGCGAAUAGUUUUCUUCAUUGGUGCUACGGUUAUGUUUGUUUGUAAUUUAGUAUUCAUUUUAUAUGGAUCAGCUGUUACUCAACAAUGGAAUAAUUGGGAUAAUAUUAAAACGAACAUUGAACAAAAAAAUAAUGUUAAAUUCUCUGCUGGCAGUGCUGAAAAAGAUAUUGAACUAUCGUCUAAGUAAUAUUGACAAAAAUAAUUAUGUUCAUAAACUUUAAAUUUUUAGGCUAUAUUUCAGUUUUAUAAUUUACACAAUAUGUAAUAUUGAAGUUACUUAUAAAAUAUGUUAUAUUUUAUAAGUAACUUCAAUUGAGAAU